AUGUUUCUCAAAAUUGAACGAAAAACUCUUCCAGAAGAUCAUCCUUCAUUGGCUCCUACAUACAACAACAUUGCUCUAGUGUAUAACAACAUGGGUGACUACUCGAAAGCACUUGAAUUUCACGAAAAAGCACAUAAAAUCGGCGAAAAUGCUCUGCCUUCGAAUCAUCCCUCAUUGGCUAUUUCCUACAACAAUAUCGGUCAAGUGUAUAACAACAUGGGUGACUACUCGAAAGCACUUGAAUUUUACGAAAAAGCACAUAAAAUAAGAGAAAAAGCUCUGCCUCCGAAUCAUCCCGAUUUGGCUACUUCCUACGGCAACAUCGGUCAAGUGUAUGACACCAUGGGUGACUACUCGAAAGCACUUGAAUUUUACGAAAAAUCACAUAAAAUCAUCGAAAAAGCUCUGCCUCUGAAUCAUCCCUCAUUGGCUACUUCCUACAACAACAUCGGUCAAGUGUAUAAAAAAAUGGGUGACUACUCGAAAGCACUUGAAUUUUACGAAAAAUCACAUCAAAUCUACGAAAAAGCUCUGCCUCCGAAUCAUCCCAAUUUGGCUACUUCCUAUACUUGCAUCGGUCAAGUGUAUAACAACAUGGGUAACUACUCGAAAGCACUUGAAUUUUACGAAAAAUCACAUAAAAUCCUAGAAAAAGCUCUGCCUCCGAAUCAUCCCAAAUUGGCUAUUUCCUACAACAACAUCGGCCAAGUGUGUAACAACAUGGGUGAUUACUCGAAAGCACUUGAAUUUUACGAAAAAGCACAUAAAAUCUACGAAAAAGCUCUGCCUCCGAAUCAUCCUCAUUUGGCUAUUUCAAAGCAUGAUAUUGGCCUUGCAUAUGAAAACAUGGGAGAAUACUCGAAGGCCAGUCAGUUUUAUCAACGUGCUGUUGAUACCGCACAAAUUUCAUUACCCUCAAAUCAUCCGCACUUACAAUUGUAUAGACAACGUCUUCAGGACGUAAAAAAGAAAAUGUAA